AUGUCGCUCGCCACGACCCGCCUCGCGGAGGAACGUAAGCAGUGGCGGAAGGACCACCCCUUCGGCUUCGUCGCCCGUCCCAUGAAGAACGCUCAAGGCGUCCUCGACCUCAGGAAGUGGGAAUGCGCCAUUCCCGGCAAGGACCGCACCAUCUGGGAGGGCGGCGUCUUCAAGUUGGAAGUGACCUUCCCCGAGGAGUAUCCUACCAAGCCUCCGAAGUGCAAGUUCGUCCCGCCGCUAUUCCACCCCAACGUCUACCCGUCCGGCACCGUCUGCCUGUCCAUCCUGAACGAGGAGGAGGGCUGGCGUCCAGCUAUCACGGUCAAGGAGAUCCUGUUGGGCAUCCAGUCGCUGCUGGACGAGCCAAACCCUGAGUCGCCCGCCCAGGCCGACGCCUUCAACCUGUUCAAGAAGGAUCGCGCCGCCUACGAGAAGAAGGUGAAGCAGAUCGUCAAGGAGAACUCCGGUCACUAG